UAAAAAAAAUCACCGAACACUUCAAGACAAAGGAAUCCUACCAAAAUGAUAGCUUUGAAACCUUUCUUUCUUGUUGCCCUUUUGGCAGGUACCAGCUCAGCCUUUGCUGUCAUCCAGCCUGCAUCUUCCAUCGCGAAGGCGACGACGACGUCGACCAUUCUGAAAUUGAGCGGAGGCGCUGUCGGAGCAGGAACUGCUCCUGAGCUCAAGGUAUGUUUUGGAUCCAGAUCUUUCUGUCUUUAGAAACGAGCAUAAGGCAUCGCAAUAAGAUUGAUUUCUAGGAUGGGCUUCUUUUUCAUCGAUUUUUCCCCUGAGUCGUCCACUUCGCAGCAUCUCCUCACGGCAUUUUCUCAAAUCGUCAAUUUAACAAUAGCCUCCACCAUCUUUAUACCAAGGAGCUGUGGCCGCCGGAGUUGGCAAAGCCUCGAAGACAUGGGGAGAUAUUUUCAAACUUGGUAUUGUUAGCGGUUGCCACAUUGCUUUCGGGGCAUACCUCGCAAUCACUGUCGGAGGAGCAUGCUCGGGAAUCGCAGCUGAAAAUCCUGGCCUUCAGAAGGUACGUAUCGGAGUGGUAGAAUAUGGAACAAAUCAUUUUUUCCUCUGGUUUGCUUAAUAGAGAUCAAAGUUUUCAUCGAAGCCUAAAUGAAUUUGACUACCGUAUUCAAUCGGUGUUUCAGGAUCUUUUGAAAUCGACACUCUUCCGUUUCGAUUUACAAUCAGGAGUUGUUCCGAGUUCUAACUGUUGUCAAUAAUUUAUCUUCUCGUUUAACAUUUGCAUUUACUUUUCAUAAAAAGAUCAUUUUCGGUUCCUUUGGGUUGCCAUUUGGUCUCAUCAUGACAUUAGUGACAGGAGGUGAACUCUUCACAGGAAACACGGCUCUUGUAACUGCUGCGUAUAAAGAAGGUAAAAUUAGCGGAAAGGACUUGAUCAAGAAUUGGGUUUCUUCUUAUACUGGGAACCUCGUGGGAUCUUUGCUUUUAGCUUACUUGGCUUACAAGAGCGGAACUUUAGCCGCUAGCCCAGCGUCGGCUGCCAUUGCUACAGCGAAGUGCUCUCUUCCAUGGGAUGUUGCAUUUGUUCGUGGUAUUCUGUGCAACUGGCUGGUAUGCAUGGCUGUCUAUAUGGCAUCUGGUUGUGCCUCGAUGGCAGGAAAGAUGACUGCCGUUUACUUCCCCAUUUCCGCCUUCGUCGCGCUUGGAUUGGACCACAGUGUUGCGAAUAUGUUCAUCAUUCCUCUUGGGAUGCUUCGUGGUGCAGACAUCACUAUCAAAGCAUUUUUGAUGAAGAAUCUAAUUCCAGUUACUUUAGGUAACAUCGUUGGUGGGGCACUUUGUGUGAUGGCUCCCUUUGGUUCGGUCUUCGGUAGCUGGGGAAAGAAGUCCGACUGAUGCGGUAUAGGCAAUUAGUGCCAAGAUACUUGUUCAGUGCCAACUCCUAUCUCAUCAAGCAGCAUGCGGUAGAUUCAUGCCCUUCAACUAAUAUGAAAUCCAGUGAAUUGUCUAUGUCAUCAUUUUGAUCACUUGUUUAGCAGGGUAGAAUAUUCAUUCGAACAUUUACUUUAACU